AUGUCCUCCGCCCUCCUCGAACGCCCCAGAAUCUUCCCGAAGCUUCUAUACCGGCUCCUCCUCACCCAAAACAUGGGCGGCGGGCCCCGCACCUUCCCCGGCGGCGUCACCAAGUGGAAAUGGAAGCGCAUGCACGAGAAGCGCGCCAAGGACAAAGAGAGGCGCCUCCUCGACCAAGAGAAGCAGCUCUACGAGGCCCGCCUCCGCUCCCAAAUCCGGGCCGAGCUCGUCGCCAAACCCGACCCGUUUCCCGACCCGGCUCACCACCGCCCCAUGGACCCCGACCGCCACGUCAAAUCCCUCGCCGAUCGCUUCAUGAAGCACGGCGCCGAGGAUCUCUGGAACGAGAACGACGGCCCACUCCACGCGCCCCACGCGCCGCCUCCUCAGCAGCAGCAGCCGGUACGAGCGGGGUCAAUUCCGGUUGACCUGAGGAGGCUGAUACCGAAAGGUCGAAACUUGGCGGGAAAUGAGAGGAGUUUGAGUAGCUAUGUUAGCACUAGGAGCUAUUCUGUGCAUAGGUUUAGGAGGAACGAUGAUUCGAGUGAUGAUUCGGAUUUCGAUUCCGAUAAUGAGGCAAUGCAGCCGUUUUGGGAGGGGAGGAAUGGGAGCGAGGGUGCGAAAUCGGAGAGGAGUUUGAGGAAAUUUGGGAGUAGUGCUUCGUUGGGGAAGUAUGAUAGGAAGGUGAUUAAGAGGAGAGUGCCUCUUAAUGCAGUGGAAGAGGUGUGUGAUGAUUUCGUGCAGCAGGUGGAGUCGAUUAGGUAUGAGUUGAGUAGGAAAAAGGAUGCCGAGAAUGAAAGAGAGGAGAGUGUAGAGGAGGGGUCGGUUUUGAGUGAGAAGAGGUUUGAUGAGUGUGGAAUAUCUCCGUUUACAGUGAAGGCGUUGUCUUCUGCUGGGUAUGUUCGGAUGACUAGAGUUCAGGAGGCUGCUCUUUCGGCUUGCCUUGAGGGAAAAGAUGUUUUGGUCAAAGCUAAAACUGGCACGGGCAAAACUGCUGCCUUUUUGCUUCCUGCUAUUGAAGCAGUUGUGAAGGGUAUGGCUGGCAAUACCAAUCAACGGGUGUCUCCAAUCUUUGUUCUUAUCCUUUGCCCCACUAGAGAACUUGCAAGUCAGAUAGCUGCAGAAACAAAUGUCUUGUUGAAGUACCAUGAGGGCAUAGGCAUGCAAACGUUAGUUGGGGGCACAAGAUUCAAAGAGGACCAGAAACGUCUAGAAUCAAAUCCAUGCCAGAUAAUAGUUGCAACUCCUGGUAGGUUGCUGGACCACAUCGAGAAUAGGUCUGGCUUGUCAGUGCGAUUGAUGGGACUGAAAAUGUUAAUACUUGAUGAAGCUGGCCACUUACUAGACCUAGGAUUUCGGAAGGACAUAGAGAAAAUUGUCGAUUGUUUGCCUCGUAAGAGGCAGUCCUUGCUCUUUACUGCAACACUGCCAAAAGAGGUUCGCCGCAUAUCACAGCUUGUUUUGAAAAAAGAUCAUGCUUUCAUUGACACAGUGGGAUUGGGCAGUGUGGAAACUCAUGCUAAGGUUAAGCAGUCAUAUCUUGUUGCACCACAUGACUUGCAUUUUCAGAUAGUUCACCAUCUGUUGAAGGAGCAUAUCUGGCAAUCACCUGAUUAUAAGGUUAUUGUUUUCUGUACAACUGGAAUGGUAACAUCCCUCCUCUACAUUCUUCUCCGCGAAAUGAAAAUGAAUGUUAGGGAGAUACAUUCUAGAAAGCCUCAGCUGUAUCGAACUCGUGUCUCUGAGGAAUUUAAGGAAUCAAAGCAAAUGAUUCUUGUUACCUCUGAUGUAUCAGCUCGUGGAAUGAACUAUCCUGAUGUUACAUUGGUCAUUCAGGUGGGUAUUCCAGCUGACCGGGAACAAUAUAUACACCGUCUCGGAAGAACAGGACGGGAAGGCAAAGAAGGAGAAGGCAUAUUGUUGCUUGCGCCAUGGGAGGAGUAUUUUCUGGAUGCAUUAAAAGAUUUGCCCCUUGAAAAAUUUCCUUCAGUGCGAUUGGAUCCAGGCACUAAACUCAAGAUUGAGGACUCAAUGACCAAGGUAGACAGUAGUGUUAAGGAAGCCGCCUAUCAUGCUUGGCUUGGCUACUACAACUCGAUCAGGGAAACUGGUAGGGAUAAAACUACACUUGUUGAGCAAGCCAACCUCUUUUGUCAGUCAAUUGGUUUGCAAAAUCCUCCUUCUCUCUUUAGAAAGACAGCAUUGAAGAUGGGUUUGAAAGAUAUUCCUGGCAUAAAAAUACGGAAGUAGCAUACAAUUGGAACAAGAUUAAGCAACCUGCUGACUGCGGUGGCUGGGAGAGGAAGACAAGGAUUG